AUGCGGCAGUGUCUCCCAACGACAGUCUGGUGCGCGGGCAUGGUCUGUACUGGCCUGCACUUGGCGGCAUGCUUUGCCCGCGAGAACUGGCUAGAGGCAGAGUUCCAGAUCCAAUGGCACGGAAGGGGCCCGGUCUCACCGCCGUUUGGUCUGUCCGUCCGGUUCGGGGAUGUCCGGGUUUUGAGGCGUGCCCGGUCCCCUAACCACGAGGACGCAGCCCCGUCAGACCAGCACAGCAAGGUCGAGGCCGUCACCAUCUCAUUUACUGGAACAAUCCUCGGAUUCGGCCGUGGAACACGUCACUCGGGUCAGGCUUGUUAG